AUGGAUUUGGCCGAAGCCCAUCACCUCGUUGAUGUUCUCUACGAGUCGCCUGUGCUGCUGUUUUGCGGCUUGCCCGGCGCCGCACGCCUGGUCGAGGCCUCGCGCGGCGUUGCGGCGCCAGCGCGGCAGCGGCGGCAGGAGGUGGCAGAUGCAUCGCCUGCAGCUUUCAUCCUGGCGCGGGGGGACUACGCGCAACUCCUCCGCGGAGAUGCGCAGCGCUGGGAAGAGGACCCGGUUCAUUUCGACGGAUUUCUGAGGAGAUCGGUGGAUUGGAAUGGGACUUGA